GCCCACAAAUUGCCAGGAAUCGUGCCAGUCAGUCCAGUCAGAGUGUAUUUCAGGAGAUCAAAACAACAAUUUUGUUAGCGUUGGUUUUUGGAUUUUAUUCAAGCCCCAGAGCAAACCGAAGGCUGCUGCUUCGACCAAGAUGGCGACUGCUCGGCGUGGCACCACACCCGGCGGCACGGCGACGCCCGCAGCGGAGGCCGUGGGCAACCCACCCGUCACGGGGCGCUUUGUGGGCGGGUACUGGCUGCGAAGUCUCAAGGCUGUGCCGUCCACGUCCACGUCCAGAACGCUGCGCGGCUGCGUGCCGCGCGCCGCUGGACCUCACAUACACCAGAACCGGCGGGCGCCUCUCCACCCGCGCACCGUGCCCCCAAUGGAACACUUACGUCGGAUAUGCAGCAAUCAUCACAUUCUGCUGACUUACACCCUUGCGAUCCUGGUUGGGGUUCUGGCCACUCUGCUGUACGUGGCCCUGAGGUCUUCCAACCAAUUUCACUGUAAAGACUUGCACUCGAACACUGAAAGGGGUCAGAGUGUAUUUCAGGAGAUCAAAAUAACAAUUUUGUUAGCGUUGGUUUUUGGAUCGACAACAAAAGAAUAA